AUGGCUACAUCUUCUAGAAGGUCGAACUCGACGGAUCUCCGGCGGUCCGGUCCUCUGUACAUCUCCACGGCCUCAGAUCCAUCGCCAUUCACGUCGGCGUCUUCCCCCUCUUUUGCUUCCUCAACCAGCUACUACUCCACCACCUCCUCUACCUCCCAUUCGGCCGGUUUCUUCGGCCACCGCCGCUCGGCGUCCCCCACGCGCGUCAGCCUUCACGCGCUGUCCCCGCCGCCGCCCACGCCGUCCGUCCGGUUCGCCAUCGACAGAUCCAUCUCCCCGCGGCGUUCGAUCGCGGCGGCGGCUUCCAGUCAGAUCGUCCGGAGCGGCGGUUCCGGUGUCCCGAAGAGGACGUGUCUAUGCUCGCCGACGACGCACCCGGGGUCGUUCCGCUGUGCUCUGCACAAGAACAGCUUCGGCGGCGGCGCCGGCCGGAAUAAUAACUCGGUGCGGUACUCCCCGAACCGGCUUAACAUGAGGAGGUCGGCGAUGACGAAUUCUCUAGUGCGGAUCGGCACGGUAGAGGGAGAUCUGGUGAAGCGAGCUCUGGCGGCCCUGAUCCGCCCCUCCUCGCACCAGCAGCGCCGCCGGGAGGACUUCCGGCCCCGUCCAAGCCGACUUUCGGCCAUGUCCAAGGCCGAGGAUCUCUAG